AUGUUGGCGCACGCUGUGAUAUCGCUUAUCAGUGUAGCUGCUGCUCACUCGAGGGCGCUCUUGGUGGUGUCUACACUAGUGUUUGUUGUUUGGAAGUUAUACGUGUUUCCGUUUUACGUGUCGCCGUUGAAAGAUGUGCCUGGUCCUUAUUGGCAUCGGGUGUCGACGCUUCCUGCGGUGCUUGCUCAGUACCUGAACUGCUGGGUUCGUACGAUCCAUAGACUCCAUGAGAUACAUGGAGAUGUGGUGGUUUUGGGACCAAACGAGGUUUCAUGCAAUGGAGACUUACGCUAUAUUAACGAUAUCUACGUGAAAAACAUGCCGAAGCUGGCCUUCUAUACGCAUUUCCAGAACCACGGCCAUGUGAAUGUGUUCAGUACGCUUGAGAAUGGUCCUCACUUGAAGUAUAAGAAGAUGAUGCUGGGGCUUUAUUCAAAGUCUUCUAUUCUCUCCAGUCCUGCCACGCGUGACUUGCUUGUUCUGAAAGCUUCCCAGCUUGUCAACAGAGUCCAUUUAUCUUCUGUCACUGCUUUGGAUCCAGAUUGGCUUAAUGCUCGGCUGGAACUUAACCAUAACGGUAAAGGCCACGCUGAAGGGUCCAACGACUGGCUUGGCCAGAAGUCUGCUAGUCUUGGAAUCGAUGUUUACCUGCUUUUCGGCGCUUUGGCCAUGGACGUGAUCUCUGCUUUUGAGCUAGGCGUGAAAAACGGUACUGACUUGCUUAAUGAUACGUAUAAACGCCAGAUCUUGGUUGAUUUCAGAACAAAAGAGCUCGAAACGCUUGGCUCCAUGCUCCUUCCAAAGCUUCAUUGGCUUCUUGCAGGUUCAAGAAUCCUCCUGGCGCUGAAAACAGUCGAACACUGGCUCUUAUCGACCUUACAAGGCGCCGAGUACGAUCCAGAAGUUUCCAGACCAACAACACUCAGCACACUCAAAAAGAACGGUCUCCAAGGAAAGAAAGCCUACUCAUUUCUCAGCGACAACCUCAUUGCUGGCCAUGAGACGUCUGCCAUUGCACUCACUUACAUUUGCUAUGAGCUUUCAAGACCAGUGAACAAGUCCAGGCAAGAAAGGCUCCAGAACGAGCUCAGGGAGGUCUUUGGACACCCAGAAAACAGGCAGGUCCUCGACGCCAUUGAACAAAUCGACCAGCUUCCGUACCUCGAAGCUUUGCUCAAGGAAAACUUUAGAGUCCAUACAUCUGGCGCUGGCUCUAUGCCUAGACUCACUCCGUCCACCUAUGAAGUCCACACUUCCAAUGGCCCAGUUGUUUUGCCCAAAGGAACAACCAUAUCUUGUCAAGCGUACUCGUACCAUCGCCAGCCAGACAUCUUUCCCCAUCCAGAUAAGUGGAUUCCAGAAAGAUGGCUUCCCCAGCCUGGAGAGCCUGAACAAGCCUUCAAGCUCAGAAAAACACACAUGUCCAAGCACCUUUUGCACUUUGGCAAGGGCAUUCGCAUGUGUUUAGGUAAGGAUUUGGCGCUUUUGGAUAUCAAGUUGGCGUUGGCAAACUUAUACUGGAGGUACACUUCCCUGGUUUGUUCAGACUGGUGCAAAGUGACUCAGUACGAUGGAGAUGUCAAGGUAGGCAACGAAGUAAAGCUUGGAGCAGCCAAACCAGCGUCCAAUUCAGACGAAGAGAUGAUGGGCAUGGUCGAUGGGUUACUGGCAAAACCACGCUGUGACGAAUGCUGGCUCGAAUGGAGCAGCUACUAA